AUAUUUUGCUGUACGUCUUUAUUUUAAUUUCGACAUCGGGCAUUUUUCAUGUUUACUUCAAAUAUAUAAAACGUAAACAAACUGGAUAUUGCCGCAUAUCAGCAUGCCCAAGUACUACUGUGACUAUUGCGAUACAUAUUUAACGCACGAUUCGCCGUCGGUGCGAAAAACGCAUUGCACGGGCCGCAAACAUCGUGACAAUGUCAAGUUCUACUACCAAAAGUGGAUGGAGGAGCAGGCACAGCAUCUGAUCGAUGCCACUACAGCUGCAUUCAAGGCGGGCAAGAUUACAAAUAAUCCAUUCGCCGGACCCGCGCCGGGCAACAAACCAACCGGCGUUUCCAUACCGCCGCCCAACAUGGGAGCACCGCCACGUCCAGGAAUGCCAAACAUGCCGCCGUAUAUGCAACCCAUGAUGAAUCCUCUGAUGGCACCCACAGGCAUACGUCCGCCACCUAUCCUGAAUCCGAUGGCCAUGAUGGGACCGCCGCCACCACUGGGAACGAUUCCUCCACAGAUGAUGAAUGGACCGAAAUAAAAUAUUGAAAUUACGUCAAAUAGCUAAGAACAAUUGCAAAUACACUAUACAUUUGUAAAACCA